UUGCUUUGGUCGGAGCCGCGUAGGGGGCGGGGCGAGUCCUUAAGGGGAGGAGCUUGCGGUGAGGCUGGCCGCCCGGCGUCGACUCGGGAAAUGGGUGCUCUGCCGGUCUGCAGGCGUCGGGGGCGGGGAAAACGCUCUCCUCUGCGCGCUGGCCCCGCCCCGGAGCCGGCGGGAGCGCGGGGCCGUCCCCUUCCUUGCUGGCGUUGGGCUGAGCCCCGAGCCGAGAAGCAGAGUUGUCCCUGAGCUCCCUGUUUGGUUUUUGGGCGGUGGCAGCCGGAGGAGGAACAUGGCGCUCGUGGGCAACGGAGCAGAGCUGGAAGCGGACGAGGACAUCUUUGAAGAUGCCUUGGAAACCCUCUCUAUGCCUUCCCGAGUGGAUAUGGCAACAAGCAGCCAACAUUUCUCAUCAUUUGAUACAAGACAGGCAUCUGGACAGCAUCGAACAUCUAAUGUGAAAAGGUCUUCUAAUGCAUUUGUAAAAACAAGCACUUGUAAAUUUAUUGUGGAGCAGCCCAGAAGGACACCUGCCGAGUUGAGCAGUGCUUCAAACUUGAGCAAGUCACCGUCAACCAAGGUGGAUCUCAGGAGUGGCCUGGAAGAAUGCUCAAUGGCGUUGAACUUAUUUCUAAGUAACAAAUUUACUGAUGCCUUAGAAUUGCUUCAACCAUGGGCGAAGGAGAGCAUGUACCAUGCCUUGGGCUACAGCACCAUUGUGGUGCUGCAGGCCGUCAUGACCUUCGAGCAGCAGGACAUUCAGAAUGGCAUUUCUGCCAUGAAGGACGCCUUACAAACCUGCCAAAAAUAUAGGAAAAAAUGCACAGUUGUAGAAUCUUUCUCCAGUCUUCUUUCUAGAGGAUCAUUGGAACAGCUGACUGAAGAGGAAAUGCAUGCCGAAAUCUGUUAUGCCGAGUGCCUCCUCCAGAAAGCGGCCCUCACGUUUGUGCAGGAUGAAAAUAUGAUCAACUUCAUCAAAGGUGGACUCAAAAUUAGAACAAGUUACCAAAUAUAUAAAGAAUGUCUUUCUAUCCUGCAUGUAAUUCAGAAGAACAAAGUUGAGCAACAGUUCUUCUCUGAGUUUGAAGGAGGUGUCAAGCUUGGAAUAGGGGCCUUUAAUUUGAUGCUGUCCCUUUUACCAGCACGGAUUAUCAGACUACUAGAAUUUAUAGGAUUUUCUGGAAAUAGGGAGCUGGGCAUCCUGCAGUUACGGGAAGGUGCAUUAGGAAGAAGCAUGAGGUCUCCACUCUGCUGCUUAACUAUACUAGCUUUUCAUACUUACAUCUCCCUGAUACUUGGUACAGGAGAAGUGAAUGUUGUGGAAGCAGAGAGUCUCCUUGAACCCUACCUCCAGCAGUUUCCAAAUGGCUCACUCAUGCUGUUUUAUCACGGCCGGAUAGAGCUGCUGAAAGGGAAUGUGGAAGAGGCACAAGAGAUAUUUCGAAAAUGCAUUUCAGUUCAAGAAGAAUGGAAACAGUUUCACCAUCUCUGUUAUUGGGAGCUGAUGUGGAUUUUUGUAUUCCAACAAAACUGGAUGGAUGCCUAUUACUAUUCAGAUCUGCUUUGCAAAGAGAGUAAAUGGUCCAAGGCAACAUAUGUGUUCUUAAAAGCUGCAAUUUUGAGUAUGCUUCCAGAGAAGGACGUGGCAGCAACUAAAGAGGAUGUGGUAGCUCUUUUCAGACAGGUGGAUGGCUUGAAGCAGAGGAUCGCUGGGAAAUCUAUCCCCACUGAGAAGUUUGCCGUGAGGAAGUCUCGUCGGUACUCUCCCUCGUUGCCUGUGCCCGUGAAGCUCGUCUUGCCUGCCCUGGAAAUGAUGUAUGUCUGGAAUGGUUUUCCACUGGUGAGCAAAAGAAAAGACCUUUCUGAAAAUCUGUUGGUAACUGUUGAAAAGGCGGAGACAGCUCUACAAAAUGAAAACGCCAGCGACUACUCUGUCGAUGACGAGUGCUUAGUGAAAUUGCUCAAAGGAUGCUGCCUGAAGAACCUGCAGCGGCCCUUGCAAGCGGAAUUAUGUUUCAAUCAUGUUAUCCAGAGUGAAAAGCUGCUGAAGUAUGACCACUACCUAGUGCCAUUUACUCUGUUUGAGCUGGCGUUUUUGUACAAAAACCAAGGGGAAAUUGACAAGGCCAUAAAGGUCCUAGAAACUGCAAGAAAUAACUACAAAGAUUACUCACUGGAGUCCAGACUACACUUCAGAAUUCAGGCAGCUCUUCACCUCUGGAAAAAGUCUUCCUCAGAUUGAUCAGAGCAUGAACGGUGGAAUUUUCUCUCAAUUAGUACCGGCAUCUGCUAUAGAUUAGACCUUGCAUUAAAGUGGAAACGUGGUCUUGUGAAUGAGAGACAAAAAACUAAUUUUACUGUCAAUAUUUUCUAUCAUCUGUGUGGUUUACAGCUGUUCUACAUAAAUGUUUUUCCCCCUAUGGAAUGAUGCUCAGUGAUCUCUAGAGAACUCUUACAGAAGUUCUGCCUCUCCAGAAAGAAUUUCAUAGCAGAUUUGAAUCGGAGAGUGAAGAAGUCUUUUAAAGGACUCACAGGUACAAUAAAGUCUAAUUAGAUUAUUUUUUUUUUAAUGUGGAAAUGGUUAUUGUUUAAGUAGGAAAUGGCUUACAACCUGAGCCAUUUUUAGAUUUGUUGGCCGGUUAAACUUCAGAGAUAUUUUGCUGCAUAGUAUUUAAGUUUCAGAGGAGAAAUAAGAAUCGCCUACAUUCAAAAUAGCUUAGUGGCCUUCUGAAGACUCCUGAAAAAGACAGGCAGUGGGUGUGAAUCGGGGAGGGCAAUGUAGGUAAUAGGCUGAAAAACCUGUAUUUAGAAGAGAUGAUGAAAGGUGGUUUUUAUUCCUCAUGUAGGCUAAAGGUGGUGACAUGUUUGAGAGACUAUCUUGUUUUUGAAUGUACUUGUCUAUUAUUGUUGUAACAAAAUUCAAAAAACUCUGUGUGUCUAAAGGGAAGAAGAGGUUCUAUUUUAGAAAUUAUCCUCAACCUUAAAAGAGCCUAAAAAAUAUAUGUAGAUUAUUUUUCUUACAGGAAGCAAAGUUCCUGCUGCUUUAAAUGACAUGUAAAAUACCAAUAAUUUUUACACUCAUAAUGUUGGUGAGUCAGGUCUAAUUUUCUAAUCUCUCUAGCACUGUGAUGGUUCCUUGUAUGUAUCUGGACUGUGCUUAGUCCUUCACUUUGGAAACACAAUCAGCGCAUGGAGCGGAAGAGAGCUGGACUCUGCGCGGUCCUGGCUCUGCUGUCGGUAGCAGUUACCGGCGUGACCUUUAGGGAGUUGCCUGCUCUCUGCAUCACCAUAUUUUCCUCAUCUGUGAAACGGGAAAGAAAGGAUGACUUCCAAAGUCUUUUUCAAUUUUAUAACCAUGGGUCUGUGUCUUAGGUAUUUAUUUUCAGCGAACAAUGUUAAAAUGUUUAAUCAAAACCAUUCCCACUAGGUGUGUGUUUUAUUUUACAUUCAUCACUGCCUCCACUCCUGCCUCCUCCACUCUCCGAUAUGUACGUACAGCGGCUAAGGACAAGAUUGCCUCCAGAGCAGCAAGAAACAUUUCGUGAAUGAAUGAAUUAGGGUUUCGUCUUACUUCUGUUUUGAAGAAUAACCUGUCACGGCUGCUUCUACAGUUUAACAAAAACAGCCCCAGAUUGGCCGUCAGGAGCCCAUCUCUGUUAGUUAAUAGUUCCUCAACAUGGAGCUGGUCGUUCACCCUUUUCCUGGGACUCUGUUUCCCCAGUGGGGAGAGCAACACAGCAUGGUACUCAGUCAGUUAGAUAACUCAUAUGAUCGCUUUCCGUACACUGUGAAAGGCUGUGUGAAUAUGAGUUAUAGGAAUAGUUACAGUUUUUAUGUUUGGAUUACAGUAUCAAAACAAAAGUAUCGGCUAAGUCUGUGGUCUCUGAUGUAAAAUGUUAAAAAGCAUGGAAAUUCAAACCAGCUUAAAUUUAUUCGUGUGUUUGGCACUGACAAUAGCUCAUGUUAUGAGUUUGCUCCUUGCUAUUUAUUCCCUGCUACAUGAACCUGUAUCCAGCAGGUAUUUGGGCUUGUUUUCUUUAAAGUACUGAUUCUUGGCCAAUACUGAGGACGAAUUUCCAAUGGAAGAGGAUGAAUACGACUUGAGUUGGAGUACCACCUCUUCAGAGAGUAUUGGUGGUAGAUUUCAUCAUGUGCUAUUAAUAUGAACUAAAUAACUUUAGGUCCAGACAGGAGAGGAAAUAAAUGAACUUUCAUUACAAUUAGUAGCGGAAAAUCUGUUCAGCCAUUGCUUUAUAUAUUACUUGGGAAAAAAGUUUACAAAUUUCUUGGAAGAGCUUUGGUAGCAUUAUUGUUUUAAAGGUUAAAUGCUCAUAUUGCUUUUGUGGGAUGCUGCAAGUCAGAGCAAAAGUCAGCAAAAAAUACUCUUUCUGGUAUAAAAUGAAAGCAGUCUCAGCUAAUGGUAGUUUUUAAAAAUUAUUUUGAUUCUGUAUUACCAAAACAAAUAUAAAAAAUUCGUGUCUCCCAUUAAGACUUUUUCCUUUGUUAUUUUUUCUUAAUUGUCUGUUUUUUAUUUCCUAUUCUUUUGUGGCUCCCUGAUAAUCCAUCCAAUGGAUUUUAAAAUGUUGUAAUAUCACCAAUGCUACAGAUAAUUCUUCUGUUUCCUGCCAUGUUCAAGAAACCAUGGCGGCACUAGUUUCUUGUGACAUCGGAUAAUGCUGCAUUUUUGGAGUAAUUUUGUGAUUCAGGGUGUUCUGUGAAGAAUGAGAACAGAAGUGACAAUGUUCUAUCCGCUGUUUUAAAGGGCAUAUGUGAGGAGGUUGGGCUGCCAAUGUGUCUGACACUUUGUGUGAUUUGUGUGGUUCUUGGUACAACUGCCUUUUUUCACUUAAUGGAGAGCCAGGGUUCUGAUUGGUGCUGUGUAAACUUAAAACUCAAGUAGAGGUUAUGCUUUGUAGGACUGGUAACAAGGAAAGCAUGAUUUCCACUUGACAAGAAGAUUAGCUAUAUCAGCUCUUAGAUGAACAUAUAUUUUAAUGUUUCCGUGCUUCUGGCUACCAGAAGUCCCCACGUUAUACAGGGAUAGAAAGUUCAUUGAUUCUCUGACUCUUCUACAAGUGGGUAGGAGGAGUAGGGAGGUGAAUUCCAGAUUAAUCAAUGUCAAAGAAGAUUUUUAAUCAUUAAAACAAUACAAGAUUAUCACCAUCUCUUUUGCAAAGGCAUGUUUUGCUGAGCUAUGUGACCAUCAUUCCUACGUGGCCUGGAACUUUGCAGUUGAACUUUGAGGUCACUGUUAAGUCUUUGAUCAGACUUUCAGAUCAGUGGGAUGUAUAUAAAGAAGAAAGUUACCCCCUUUCAAAGAAAAGUGAGUGUUUCCUCUUUCGAAGCUGCUGUUAGAGGUAGUUACAUUGUGAUGGGCACUGAUAGCCCCUGCUGUUAGUCCUCAUUAUGAUCCCACUUCUCAUCCAUUCCUUUAAAGUGAGUCUGUUGAGGUUUUCAAAUGGAGAUUUUUCUCCCUUUGGACAUUAAAAUAAUAACUUUGAAAAGUUCUUUGUGAUCAACUGGAAAAAUUUCUGGCAUUAUUCUGAUUAAUUUUUCAUUGAUUUUUUUUCAUACUUCUGGUUUUAUCCUAGUUACUCUCACUAUAUAUAUGAAUCAUAAGUUCAAAUACACUCAUUUAAAAUGAGUUAAUGAAGACCCCAGUGAUUGCUUUGAUGCCCAAAGAUUUUGUGAGUCCUAGAGUGUGGAAUGGAUCUUGGGAAAUUAUCUCUUCCUCCCCAACCUCUAACGGUGUUGUUUCUCCUUCCUUCCUGCUCCGUCCAGUAUGGUAGCCACUGGUCACUUGUGAGAUGUGACCGUUGGCACAUGUUGGAAUGAUGCUAAGUAUCAUUCGUUUAUACAUGCCUCCCAGGGUUAUGCUUCUGGCUUUUACUUGCUGUCUACUCUGAUCACCUAAUCCCUGUGGGUGCAUUCUCAGUCGUGGUUCAAAUGUGUAUCUGUGAGGUUUGCUUUCUCUCUUUAAGUGCCAUAAACUUUUAUCUCAUCCUGUUUAUUCUGCAGAUGGUGAUUAGUCAUUGGCAUGUUUGCACAUUUUUACUCUUCCCCCGCCCCACCUCCCAGCUCCUUAUGUACUCGAUUGAGACUUUAUUUUUAAGAUUAUUAUUUUAAUCUGAUUUUACAGAUCUUCCUUGCUUUUUGAGAUGUAACAGUACAAACUGUUCCAGUUGUAGAGGAAGUGACUCUCACUUUUGAGAUGUUAGUAGAUUUUAUGAGUAAAAUAAUAUUUUCUAAGAUUAACCUUACUCUGAAAGAUUAGGUGACUUUUUCAUUUCCUUCAUAUUAUCAAAAUUUCAACAUUGACUCAGCUAGGCCAAUAUUCUUUAGAGAUUCUUAGACAGUAGUUACCCACUUAGAGAAUAAUUUGGCAGAGAGUUUAUUUAAAAUUAUAUAUUUGCCUUUGCUGCCUGUUAUUAAUACCUUUAAUGUGUAUGAAACCUUAGGGAUAUGCAUACAUAUAAUGGACAUAUUUUAAAUCUCUUUAGACUUUUAUUGAUCAGAUACAUAGAUAAGUCAAUAGAUAGAAAACAACUUACAAAUAUUAAAUAAACAAUGUCUUAUCCUGAUCUUUCAGAAGGAGUGCAGAAUUUUCUCCCAUUUACCCGCCCCUAGGCCAAUGAUUCAUUUUUUCUUUACAUAAUAGAUUGUUUGUCAUGAAACCCUGCUUCUGCCUCUUAUGAUCCGCAGUUUUGUCUUUUAUAUAUCCAUUAGAUUUAGCUUCUUCAGAAUGUUGAAUUUGAAAUGUAAAGAAAAGAACACACCAGAAUUCAGCAUGAGGGAAAAUACCUUCUGUCCUGAGUAGUUGCUGUCUGACCUUGAUGGUGUUUAAGUCCAUUCCAGUCUGUAUAUAACGUCCUAACCACAGCAGGAAAGGAUACAAGGACUAUUUAGUUGGUUGAGAAGGCUGAGCGGGUUCUUGGCCUGAUCCAUCCCGAAGGGCUGUGUGGGUCUAGCUUUGAAGGAAGUCCAACCCUCAUUCUGUCCAGUUUACAAAUGUUUCAGCACAGUAAGACUGUAACACGACUUUGCAUGGAAAAAUCGAAGCAGCUGCCUCACUGUAUUUCACUGUAAAAGAAUGCAUACCAGUGCUUACAGAUUGGAUAUUUAAUAGGAAAAUCCAAGAUACUUUAAUACCUUUAUUAAGUGAAAGUUGCUGUGUAUUAAUAUACAAUAUACCUUGUAUGUUAAUCCAGUAGUUCUUAGAAAUACAUAAUUUAAAUGAUGACUAUAAGGGAUGCUGGUAUAUCCCAGUGGGAGCUUUUGUUUUACUGAUUAAUAUUUUUUUAGUAAAUUAGUUUUAAUUAUUAUAGUCUGUUUAGCAUAACUUAGGGGAAAAUUGAUCUCAGUGUAACAGAACUGAAAGCCAGAGAAGUGGGAUAAAAUGAACUUGUUAAAGAAUAUUGCUUAUUUCAGUUUUAAAGGAAUUAUAUUAUUUUGAAAUGCUGGAGGGUCUUCCUCAUUUUGAAGGGAUGACACUCCCUGCUUUGGAAAUCAUGCAGACAUUUUAAUUUAUUCUUUAUUAGAGCCAAGUGUCCAGGUGGCAACUUUGGGUAUAGUAAAUGAGUUUGAACAAUUUUCAUUAAUUACUUCACCUUUUUCCAUUAGUGAUUUUGUUCUUCACAGUAGGCAAUUGCUUUCUAUAUAGUGAUUUAAGAAAAUUUACAUGAAAAGAGAGAUUAUGGUAGACAUUAUAAAUCUUAGGCUAUUGAUCUAAUGUCUUAAGAAAACAGUACCAUUGGGUUCUGUUUAACUAAGGUUUGCAGAAGGAGAAUGUGUUUGUUUCACUGAUAUGUGCUGUCCAGAAAAAUUACUUGAUUCUCGACUAUAUGUUGCAUUCUCAUGUUAUGUUAGGGGAAAAAUUUAUAACUAAGUAGUUGAUUAUUUUUUAAUUUUUUUUCUUUGCUAACUAUUAACAUCGAAACACCUCAAAGAAUACCAGCUGACUCAUUUAUAUACUAGUGUUUUAAAAUACUUAUUGGCAGAUGUUCAUAGCACUCUUGAAUUUUUUGAUGUAAGUUGCUAAAUCACGUGUAAAGGUAAAAUAUAUAUUUAAUAAGUAAGAAGUAUUAUUUUAUUACUGAGAUUUAUUUCCAAAGCAAGUUUAUUUUGUAGGUAUUUCACUUGGAAAAUUUUGCUUUGCCUUAAAACAUACACACAAACCUGUCUAGUGAUCUGGUCACCUAAUAACCCUUCAUGUUACGUUGACAUGUACAGGAAUUCUAGUUAGAAGCCAUAGUGUUUUGUGAAUCAAUAUGUGGUUUCCUGUUGAAUCAUCAAGCUACCUGUAUAUACUGUAUAAUGUUUUAUUGGUAAACAUUUUUAGCAUUUUAUGUCUUUUUCUCUUCUCAUUACAUUUGAACUUAAAUCCUAUCUUCCCCAUUCCCAGAGGUCACAGUUUUUACAGAGCGAAAUAUUUUUAGAAAUUGGAGAUGUGUGAGUUCUAAGAUGAAUGUGUUCAGUAGCAUCCAUCUGCCGAUCAAGUAGGCGUUGGAUCUGGUACCAGAAAGUGAAAUAGAUUGUAGCUAUAAAAGCAUUUUAUCAAUAUACGUUGAGAAGGAAGAAGAAAACUGUGAACCUCUGAUAUAUUUAAUAUCAAAACUGUGUUCCCAAAUGAAUAUUCGUUUGCUGAUUUUGUGCUAAUGUUAUCAUCUAUGAUGUGUAAGCUAAUGCUGAUAUGAGAUCUAAAUUUUCAACGUUAAGACAUCAGUUCCUGUAGCCUAUUUUUAACAUUAAGACAUUUUUGAAAACAGAUGUCAUCUUAGAAGUUGUAUUUUUAGCUGCAAAGAAAUCAUCCCGACUUGAAAGUCAGUGUUUUCAUUUUUCGUUUCUUAGUAUUACAGAAUACUCUGCAUUCUUAGUGCAUGUUUAAGUUGCUGGAUAUUCUUGGAAUUCUAUAUUUUCAUAUUGCUACAACUGGUUUACCUACAAUGUGCAAUUGAAUUGUUAUUUAAAUAAAUUACACUUGAUGAAA